ACGAUUUCUACCAACGGUCUUGUUCUGAAUCUACUUGCCUAUGACACAACCCAGAUGAAGAGACAGCAGCAGUCUGACGAAUUGGAGCUUUCUCAAGGAUUCCUCAACACGCCGCGUCCAAAGGCAGCCGGUAAAGAUCUGAUAGAUGAAGGCUACGCAAACAUAUACUGGAAGAGGAGCUCCAAACUGCUUGAAAACGUUGAGCUCACAUUCAACGAACCAGGGCGAUGCUCAUCCACAAACACCACAACUGUCGUUGGAUGCGAUCCUGAUAUUGUUAACACCCUUACGUUUCCCUCGCUAGACCCCCACGACCCUAACUUGCGUAGGUUCUUGUACCUUCCGGUCCUCCGCUUCAAUCACCUGUUGAAAAAAAGGAAGCGUGAAAAAGGAAUGAUUGAGGUUGAGAACGCCAUCCCUGUAUUUGGAAGGGAUCCUACGUCCGACUACGCGGUGCAGCGAGUGUUGAAGAUACUCGGGGAAAAAGGAGUGCUUGUCAUCGGCCUGGGGUCCUAUGAAAGUAGUAAAGGAGUUCCCAGCAAGCACACUGCUAUAACGAGACACUUUGUCACACAGGCGGUGUACUCUCGCUCUAAAUAUUGCCGGGCAUGUAAAGUAUUUUUCGACCGUGACGCAGUAGGGGCGGAAAACAUCGCAAGAAUCGGUCUUGCUCAAAUUGAGAGGCAAGAGAGACCUGCAAAGUACAAGCCCAUGGAAGAGUCGCCUGCUCCGGCUGCAGAGCGCAUGACGCUAGACACAAGUAUUUGGGUGCCGGCACAUCCACAAAAAAAUUUGUAA